UGGCUGCCUGAGGCACGAUGUUGACCUUAUUGGCUGAGUCACGAACGGGGAGGUGUGGUGAAAACGCUGAAACGUUAAACAAACGGCCCAUGCUGUGGGAGAAGCAGGAGCGAGACCGAGGCUCACGCUGAACCUGCUGCCACUCAACACCGAGGUCAAAACUCUUCAGCCAAAAUGUCUGCUGCCAAGCGUGCCAAGGGGAAGACGACGAAGAAGCGCCCCCAGAGGGCGACUUCCAACGUCUUUGCCAUGUUCGACCAGUCCCAGAUCCAAGAGUUCAAAGAGGCAUUCAACAUGAUCGACCAGAACCGUGAUGGCUUCAUUGAUAAGGAGGAUCUUCACGACAUGCUCGCUUCUCUUGGAAAGAACCCCUCAGAUGAGUACUUGGAGGGCAUGAUGAGCGAGGCUCCAGGUCCGAUCAACUUCACCAUGUUCCUCACCAUGUUUGGAGAGCGACUCAAUGGCACUGAUCCCGAGGACGUCAUAAGGAACGCCUUCACCUGCUUCGAUGAGGAUGGCUCAGGCUUUAUCCAUGAGGACCAUCUUCGCGAGCUCCUGACCACCAUGGGCGACCGUUUCACAGACGAGGAGGUUGACGAGCUUUUCCGCGAGGCACCGAUUGACAAAAAAGGAAACUUCAAUUACACAGAGUUCACUCGCAUCCUCAAACAUGGUGCCAAAGACAAGGAUGACAUAUAAAAAAAAACCAGGAAACAAGAUUUAUUGAGCAUUCAUCUGAAAUCAGGACUAUUCUCAAAAUGCUGAUUAUAUGCUGAUGACCUUACUGUGUCUGAAUAAGUACUCUGGGGAUUCUUUUGCACACAUGGAUUAAGCCUAAUGCUGGACUAGAGAGACAUUUACAUAGAAGAAUCUUAUUCACAACAUCAUUUAGUCUAUUUAGUCAGGCUUAAUGUCUGUCUGCAAAACCAUCCCCUGACCAGCUUCAUUUCAUCAUUUUUACUGUAUAUCGAUAUCAUUAUGUGCCUAAAGGCAAAAAUUGAUCCACCAACAGCUGUGGAAUAAGUAUUGUUUUAAAUUUGGCCAUGAAACCAAUCUCUUUCUAAGUCUCUCUCUUUGUUGAACAGCAUAACAAAGAUUAAUGCCGAAUAAAAUAACAUUGUUUUGGUUUCCACAA